AAGGGGGGCGGGGUGAGGCGAGGGAAACUCAGCCCCAGUGAAAAGGACCCGUCAGUCCUUUCCAGAACGUAAUUUGCUAAGAUCCGCCACUUGCAUUUCGUAUGCAUAUGAGGAGGGCUUCCCGGAAGCGGGGCUGGGCUGAGCGCCGCGCUGCUGGCUGCUCGGGAUUCAGCACCCGGAGUCCGAGAAGAGCGGUGCGAGCUAGGGGAGCAUCUCUCGUCCGGCCCGCGCCGCAGAGGAUGGACGCCACGCUGGAGCGGACAAUAAAUGAGGAUUGAAGGACUCAAGCCCUCUGGAGAAGCUUGCCGAAAUUCAAGACUGGGAAGACAGGCGGUUCAACCUCUUCACACUUGCGGGUUAAGGGACUGGUCAUUUCUCAAUCCCUGGAGAGAGAUUCCUUCCCCAAGGAAGUGAAAAUAAUGAACUUUUGGAGGUACUGCUUUUUUGCUUUCACUGUGUUCAGUGGGGUUAUUUUUGUGAUAUUUUAUAAUAGCCCGUUACACCUGCCAAAGAAUUUCGGGACGCUGAAUAGCUCCAGUCACAGGUAUUUUAGAAUACAUGCCUGUGAUAACGCCUUAGAAGAUAAGUCCACUUUUUUGUGGGGAAAGACCUUGCCAUCACCUUUGGGGAGUGUCCCGUGUAAGGACUACCUGAUCCAAAAUCACUACAUCACCAGCCCCCUGUCGGAAGAAGAAGUUGCUUUUCCUUUGGCUUAUGUCAUGGUCAUCCAUAAGGACUUUGAUACUUUUGAAAGGCUCUUCAGGGCUAUCUAUAUGCCCCAAAAUGUCUACUGCGUUCACGUGGAUGAGAAAGCCACAGCUGAGUUUAAGGAAUCUGUGUGGCAGUUACUGAGCUGCUUCCCAAAUGCUUUUGUUGCUUCCAAGGUGGAGCCAGUGGUCUAUGGGGGCAUCUCCAGGCUCCAGGCUGACCUGAACUGUCUAAAAGACCUCGCGGCGUCCAAGGUGCCGUGGAAGUACGCCAUCAACACGUGCGGGCAAGACUUCCCCCUGAAAACCAACAAGGAGAUAGUUCGGUAUCUGAAAGGCUUUAAAGGGAAAAACAUUACCCCGGGAGUGCUGCCCCCAGCUCACGCAAUCAAGCGGACUAAAUUCGUCCACCGGGAGCAUAUAGGCAAAGAUGGCUCCUUUGUAAAAAAUACUAAUAUUUUGAAAACCUCACCUCCACAUCAGCUGACCAUCUACUUUGGCACUGCCUAUGUGGCCCUUACCAGAGAGUUUGUCAACUUUGUCCUCCAUGACAAAAGGGCCAUUGAUCUACUACACUGGUCAAAAGAUACUUACAGCCCCGAUGAACAUUUCUGGGUGACACUUAAUAGGAUUCCAGGUGUCCCUGGCUCCAUGCCAAACGCAUCAUGGACCGGUAACCUCAGGGCUGUCAAGUGGAUUGACAUGGAAGAUAAACAUGGAGGCUGCCAUGGCCACUAUGUCCACGGCAUCUGUAUCUAUGGAAACGGAGACUUGAAGUGGUUGAUUAAUUCACCCAGUCUCUUUGCUAACAAGUUUGAGCUUUCCACGUACCCCCUCACCGUGGAAUGCCUCGAACUGAGGCUUCGAGAAAGAACCCUAAAUCAGAGUGAAACAGUAAUACAGCCCAGCUGGUAUUUCUGAUCCACUGUAACACGGGCUCGACGGGCGCUUGCAGCUGGGAAGAAGAGCCUUUCUCUGUGAGAGAACUUUGCCUUGCUUAUGUGAAUCGUUGCCAGAACGAGGUUAUGGCUGCAGGACCUGGCCAUGUUAUUCUGUGUGCAGCCAUCCACUGGACACUGUGAACUCCACUAUCGGGAUGGCUGCACAGGGCCAUGCUGGCAUUUUGGCCACAAUGGCAGCCUCCUGAUGCUCCUUCUGCGUCAGGCUAACUCUCUGAUCAGUGAUCAACUGAACUGAUGUCAGACCUCUGCACCGGAUACUCAUUAUAGAGAAAUGUUCUCAUGAAAAGGAGAACUGUAGAUAAUACUGUUUAGGAAAAUAGCAGUUGUGUUUCUUUGAAGGAAUCUUCUAUGACGGAUCUAUAGCCACACAUCCGUGGACACCACUCCUCUUUGCUCAGCCACACGUAGGCAUAGAAACAACUUUCUGGGCAACUCAGCAAUCUCCUUUACAACUGGAGCUACCAGAAGGGAGAACUAGAUCUUGUUCCCGGGUUUCAACACUAGCCUUCCCCGUUUACUGUGUCUGAAGUCCUGUAUAGAAUGUGGCCACUACCUCCUGUUUCUGCAAAGGAAUCCCAGGGAAACAGGACAUUUCUUGUGGUGUGUCAGAAUGCUCACUAGUCCCUCUGCCAUUGCUUUCCAUGGAGAACGCUGAAACGUUCCCACAGAAUGAAGAUAUUUCUAGAAGAGAGGUGCUGUUGCAUGAAUCUUGUUCCAGGUCUCUAACCUCAGAAUGAAUCACUUUCCUCUUCGGUCACCACCCUCCACCCCCACCAAAGUGAUCUUACCUGCAAAAUGGAGUCCAAAUUCUACGCCAUGAAGGCUUUAAGGACUCCAGAGGAUUUUGAGUAGCUUAUUCUCAGAGAGUAUUCUCUGAGUAGCUUUACAAUGCUUAGUGCUGAUAAGAGUGCCUAGAUUUUUAAGAGCUUUCCACUGUGUCACUUAUCCCUUGUGCUUACACUUACCCCUUAUCCUUUAUCCAAUUCAUUCACUCAGCAUGCAGUCAAUAAAUAUUUCUUGAGUGCCUAUUGUAUACCAGACCCAUUUGACACAAGGAGAAAAUGAAGAGAGAAGCUUUUUCACUCUAAAAUUCUUGGUCAUAGCAUCAACGUUGGAAAGGCUGCUCUAGAGAAUCUCACGGAUUGCUUGUAUUUUAAUGCAUUCAUAUGCAGAGUUAUAGACUGGGAUAUCAGGCCAAGAAUAUGAGUAAUUAGAAGUCGAGGUCUAGGGGCGCCUGGGUGGCUCAGUUAAGCGUCUGCGCUCGGCUCAGGUUAUAAUCCUGGAGUCUUGGGAUUGAGCCCCAUGUCGGGCUCCCUGCUCACUGUGGAGUCCACUUCUCCUCUGUCUCUCUGCCCCCCCCACUCGUUCUCUCUCUCUCAAAUAAAUAAAUAAAAUCUUAAAAAAAAAAAAGAAAUCAAGGUCUAAAUCAGAGAUCAUUCCAAAGGGAGAAAGGAAGGAAUAGACAGAAGCUAAAUCCUGUUGUGUUGUAGGCAUCCGAAUAGCUCCCUUAUGGCUCAUUGCAUUAACACCUUACAGCACUCUUGGGAGGCUCACAUGAUUACCUCCAUUUUGCAGAUGAAGUAAGUGAGGCUUAGAGAAGUUGUUAAUAAGCAUGAGGAAACGAAUUCUCUGAGGAUUGGGAUGUUCUUACUGGUCUCAGUUCAGUUUCCUGAGAAUAUUUAGAGAAGGUGAAAUAAAGCCAUAUUUAGUAUAACAGAGAGGGUAGGUUUUAAGAAUGGUCUCAGUGUUAAUAUGAGAAAAUGUGCUGUCACCUCAGAAAAAUGUGAAGUCUACUUUUGUACUCCUAAAUCCAUUGAGUUCCUUAAUAUUUAUUUAUUCUAACAAAAAAAAAAGUUACUACAACUAAUGAUACCUUUAAUUCACACUAUUUUUAUUCUUUUUUUCUGUGACUGUGCCUGUUGAAUGUUAAUCGUAUUUAAGGGAAUGCCUUUGAAAUAAAGCCUUUUUUCCCUGCUACUGAAAAAGAUGGAGCUGUACAGAGUGGUAAAGGCUUGAAGCGUAGGGAACACACCCAGAGCUAAUGGUGGAGUCUAAGAAUCAUCUUUUUUUUUCAACUUCUUUAAAUGACCCCACCCGAGAAGAAAUGUUUUACACUGGAUCUUUCUCAUCUAGAACGAGAACUCUUUUGGAAUAGAAGAUGUUUACAUGUCUGUUGCUGGUCAUCUCUGUGUCUUAAAUACUUUAAUAUUGGAAGAUUGUAGUGUUUGGGCAAGUGGGUUUCCGCUAGCCCAUGGGGAUGGCUGAAACUACUAAAUCCGUCCUUGUUUGCAAUGAUGGUCCAUGUUGUUAUCUUGGAAAUAAAUUAAUAUAUUGUUUUCA